AUGACAUACACUGGCCAAGAGCUGCCCGCGGCUGCCUUCCACGCCUGCGGUAGUUGCUCCGGGAGCAAGUCGCGCAUCACCCCCCGACGCUCCAAGAGCUGCGUCCGAUCUUUCCCGAGGGCGUGUCAGCGGACCCGUGAUGGCCUUUUCAUCGACACGCCUGCGUUCUUGGACACUCGCGGCAAGACGCAGAAAUCUGUACCGGGCGAAACACCCAUUGCAGUACCGGAGAUCACCAACGCCUUUCACGAGCAAACCCUGAAGCUGAACGACAUUGUCCUCCGUAAGAACGAGCAGCGUCGCAGAUCCCAGGCCAUUGCCGCGAGGAAAUGGCAGCAACUCAUAGCGGUCAGACGCCAGGCGGUCGUGCUGAACAACGUCCGCGACAAUAAAUUGGGCUCUUCCGGAAACAUUCAGGAUCUGAGGCGGACACUGAAAUGGCAAGCCAAUAUUCUGGACGAGCAGCUGACGGAAGAAACUCGCCGCUUGGCUGCCCAGGACAAAAAAAUGCAAAAGCUGUUCAUCGGCAUGUUGGAUGCAACCCAGUAUAUGUCGUGGGACGCUGAGAUUUCCCGCUAUGGAGAGCCCUGCUCCAACAACACAGACAGUGGCAUGGAGGCUCUCUCCUCGACAGAAGUGGACUCCUUUGAUGGGGAUAUCAUGUCUAUCUUGGACGAGGAUCUGACAGGAACCACCCUCGAUAACGAAGAAUUUGAUGCUGAUGAGAAAAUCGGCCCAUUGGACGGGACGCAACUCGACAUUCAAGACUUCUGCAAGUCCAUCGACACGUUUGGACCCAUUGGCAACAAUAGCGUGCUUGUCCCCGACUGGUUUACUGCUCUAGAAUCGGGCAACUCCGUCCCGCUUCUCAGCAAGGGCACCACCAGCCGCUAUGUUGAGCUGGUCAACAAGAUUUACAGGCUCGAGAAGGAAAUGCGAGACGAAAAGGCCGGCAACAGCGCUAGAGAACAGUAUGAAUUGCUUCUGGCUCACAUCAACGCAUCUAUGGCUCUCGUGGCCGAUCGCGAUCGGAAGGUGGUGAAAGCACUGCAGGCGGCUGAAAAUAUACAGGCCGAUUGGGAAGGCCUGGCGGCAGCAGAUGAUUGA